UAAUCCUCUGAGUGUACCCAGAGAGGGAAGGAGCAGUGCGGCUCUCCUUCAGCCCGACAGAAUGCAUCCUCCUCCGGCAGCGGUACGCGGCGCACUACACUGACCGUACAUCGGAGUCACCGAGCCGGUUCGGAGAGGUUCAGUCAGCGAGUGUAAGAUGCCCUAGUCGAGGAGAGCCGACCUGUAAAUGGCUUCCAAAGUGAAAGAUGCUGUUGUUUGGUACCAGAAGAAGAUUGGGGCGUACGACCAGCAGAUAUGGGAGAAGUCUGUGGAGCAGCGAGAGAUUAAGUUUAUUGCUCUGGGCUUGAGGAACAAGCCGAAAAAGACGGGCCAUGUCAAACCAGACCUCAUCGAUGUGGAUCUGGUUAGAGGCUCUGCGUUUGCCAAGGCCAAACCCGAGAGCCCCUGGACCUCGCUGACCAGGAAGGGCAUCGUCAGGGUGGUCUUCUUCCCCUUCUUCUACCGCUGGUGGAUCCAGGUCACCUCCAGGGCCAUCUUCCUCCUGCUGCUGGGGCUGUACCUGCUGCAAGUGUCGGCGGCCGUGCUCUACGCGCUGGUCUCUCAGCCCCAUGGCAUCCCGGCCACCGAGGUGUUCGGGGCCAGCUGGCUCAUGCUGCUGCUGGGGACGGUGCACUGCCAGAUCGUCUCCACACGCACCCCCAAGCCCCCCUCCAGCUCAGGGGGCAAGCGCCGCAGUAGGCCUCUCCCUAGGCCCUAUUCCCCCGGUGGCCAUCUUGGUUCUAAUGGCUCGCGGGCGGGCCCCGUGGUGCCGCCCGCCCCAUGGGGGGGCGCGCCGGCCCUCGUGGCGACCCCCUCUGCAGCGCUGGGGGCGGGGCUCCGGGCGCUGCCGAGGGGGCGGGGCCCCGGAGGACGGGACGGCAGGAGGAGCUCACGGAGGUUGAGGAAGGCUUCUCAGAUGGAGGCACAUAGGGAAGGCGAUGGUUCUAGCACUACCGAUAGCACUCACCGGGGGGCGCCACACUCUGCCAGCCCCACAUACAGCCUGGCCUCUCUCUUCCAAGAUUUCUGGCAUGAUAUCUGUAAAGCUGGGUCUAAGAAGUCCAAGAUGUCCAUCGAUAAAUACACGGAGACGGACAACGGCUACGUGUCAUUGGACGGCCGCGUGACCAAUCGGAGCAGCGAGGAGGGGCUUCAGCUCCACGAGGCCCGCUGCGAUUCGCUGCCGCAGACGGAGGAGGUGUGCUGGAGCACCGCCCAGGCCACGCCCCCCACGCACGCCAGCCGGGGAACGGGGAUGAUGGCGGUGGGCGCCAAGGAGCCGGUGUCCGAGGAGGCGUCCAGCGAGGAGGACCCCGGGGCCUACAGCGCCCCCCGCAGGGGGGGGGAGAGGAAGACCAGCGACUGCACGCUGCGCAACCGCAAGACCCCCCCCCACUACAAGAAGCACUACACAGUGGAGGAGGCCCCUAAGUCGGGGACCAGCUCCAGCUCGCGCUGCUCCUCGCUGAGGGCCGGCCCCUCCGAGUGCCCCCGCCAUGAGUCGGAGACGGAGGACGUGCUGUGGGAGGACUUCCUGCACUGCGCCGAGUGCCGCUCCUCCUGCACCUCCGAGACCGAGGGCGAGGGGGGGAGUGUGGGCGUCCCCCCCGUCAAGAAGGAGUACCGGGACGACCCUUUCCACCAGGGUCACGUCCCCUGGCUCCACAGCUCUAACCCGGGCCUGGAGCGUGUCAGUGCCAUCGUGUGGGAGGGGAACGAGUGCAAGAAGGCCGACAUGUCGGUGCUGGAGAUCAGCGGCAUGAUCAUGAACAAGGUGAACCUGUAUCCUCCUGGGAUUGGCUACCAGGUGUUUGGUAACCUGGUUGCUGUCACUCUGGGACUGACCCCCUUUGCUUACAGGCUGUCUCAGUACCGGGACCUGGAUCAGCUGAUGACCCUCUCGGCCAAUGAGCUGCUCUCCGUGGCGCUGGGUGGGGUAUCCGGCUCGGACGCCAUGGUCAUCGCCAUGGUGAUGCUGAGCUUCCUGGUGCGCGUCUGCCUCAUAUGGCUCUUCUUCUUCCUGCUCAGCGUGGCCGAGAGGACCUACAAACAGAGGCUGCUGUUUGCCAAGCUGUUUGGUCACCUGACCUCGGCCCGCAGAGCCAGGAAGUCUGAGGUUCCUCACUUCAGACUGAAGAAGGUCCAGAACAUCAAGAUGUGGCUGUCGCUACGCUCCUACCUCAAGAGACGCGGUCCCCAGCGGUCGGUGGACGUCAUCGUCUCCUCCGCCUUCCUCCUCACACUGUCCGUCAUCUUCAUCUGCUGCGCCCAGCUCCUCCAUGUCCACGAGCCCUUCCUGGAGUGUCACUAUAACUGGGAGCUGGUCAUCUGGUGCUGCAGCCUCUCUCUGUUCCUGCUGCGCUUCGUCACGCUGGGGUCAGAGACCAGCAAGAAGUACAGCAACACCUCGAUCCUGCUCACUGAACAGAUCAACCUGUACCUGAAGAUGGAGAAGAAGCCCAACAAGAAGGAGGAGCUGACCCUGGUGAACAACGUGCUGAAGCUGGCCACCAAGCUGCUCAAGGAGUUGGACGCCCCCUUCCGGCUGUACGGUCUGACCAUGAACCCGUUGCUCUACAACAUCACCCAGGUGGUCAUCCUGUCGGCCGUGUCAGGGGUCAUCUCUGACCUGCUGGGCUUCAACCUGAAGCUCUGGAAGAUCAAGUCGUGACAAUGAGGACGGACAGACGGACAGACGGGGGUGGUCCCUCCGUCUCGACCGGGGCGCGGGGCGGUCCAGACCGGUCUGAACCGGUCUGGUGAGACGGCCGGAGGGCGUGGGCUUCUGUCGGCUCGCCGGUGACGGCGUCUGAUGUUUCCCAUUUCUUUUGUCUUUUCAACGUUGAAUUUAUUUUGAUGUUGGUGCAAUUCAUUAUUUAUUUACCCACUCAGUGUUUUAAAGAACUAGGGUUUAUUUCAAACUUAGUUUCGCAUUUAGGUUUUUGGACACAGAAACAAAAAGUAUUCCUAUUCUAGUUCUGAUCAAUAUGGAUGUUCUUGUCUAUGAUGGUUAACGUUCUCAGCCUGAUGGUCAAUUAUUUUUAUAUUUUUAUGUUUCAGGAGCUGCGAAAAGAGGCAUGCUUAUUUUUGUUUUGUCUGUAAUUAACCAAUUAUAGCCUGCUUGUUUAGAGUUCAAACCAAUAAGAAACACGAGAACCAGCAGUUGAUUUCAUGAAUAAGCUAAACUUGAAGGACAAGUUUUAUUGGGUCACACAUUUUUUUUAGCAGGUUUUGAGUGAGAUUUAGAAGAUACACAUCUAGUGUUGUACAAGUGACAACACAUUACUGUUACCCAUUUACCGGUAGACCCAAUUACAAAAGCCCCCCGCAUCCUUUUAGUUGAUAGUCUAUGCAGAGGUGAGGAAUUCCUACGUUGGAAUUGAGAUGUGCACUUUAAAUAUAUGAAAAAGGUCGUAAAAAGGUUGCAUUUAAUGUAAAUAUGUCACUGUUGCUGUUUACAUUAGCAAGAGGGCUUUGGAUUUCGUUUUUGUCCUUUUUUUGUCCUUUUGCUGACGAAGUGUUUGUGUGUUUGUUCUCCGAAGUAUGCUAGCAGUAGGCUAGCACUACGUAAUCACUAUCGGGGUACCAUGUUACAAAACUCAUGGAUAAAUCUAAAUGCAAGGAUUGAAUUUUUGGGUUGCAAACAAACGUCCAACAUAUUACGAAGACAUUCAGUUUGUAGUUCGUUAGUAACCGUGACAACAUACAAAGGCUAGCAUAAUCAUCUUGUUUGAAAACGACCAAAGUGCUUUAUAUAUUUUCCCCCUGCUGGACAAGAAUGUAAUCCUGGCAUCUGCUUUAAAAUAUUGUUUUACUUCCUUUUUGGAAAUGCUUUAAACGGUGUUCAUGUUGUUGCUUUGUUUUAUUUAAAUACGUUUUUAUUUUUUGCAGUUUUACUUUCACCUUUCUCAGUUAUAUUGUCCAUGUGGUUUCUCACACCCAGUUUUGCUGUGUUUUCAAAGAACGCAAUUAAGUCCAAAAUGUGUGUAUGAAAUCUGGGUCAACAAUUAUAUACAAGCAUUUGUUCCUGUUUUUGAAGAAAGUAUAUCGAUUUUGUGAACUGUUGUCUGCACGAUCUACAUUUUUCUAUAAAGAUUUGAAAUGGACUGCA